AUGCUCGAUCUCUGCUUCAUCAGUGACGGACCCCAAUUGGCUACGAUUGAAGAGGCUCCUACGCCCUUGGUCAAGGUUGUUCCUCAUCACCCUGCUCUGCUGCUUUCACUUGAUAUUCCUAGAGCUUUUGCCCACAUCCAAAAACCUGGUCAAUUCUUUCUCGACUUUAAGAACGCUGAUUUCGUCGCUGUUUCACAAACGCUCGAUGCUAUCGACUGGGAAACUGAACUGGAAUCUUCCGAUCCGAACGCUGCAGCUAUGAAAUUUUCCCAUAUAAUCAAUUACAUCAUCGAUCGUCACGUACCGAAACGCUCAUCAGUUUCUAACCUACGAGCUCCUUGGGUAACGAAAGAACUGCGACAAAUGAAAACGCUCAAGAAUAAAGCUCUCCGUUAUUACACUAGGCACAAAACUCUCCGCGCUAAAAAUGAGUAUUGCAAACUCAACUCAGCUUACAAAAAACUAUGCUCACGCUGCUACCAGAGCUACUUAAUUCGGAUACAGCGAGGUUUCAAAACAAAACCCAAAUCAUUUUGGCAGUACAUCAAGGACCAGCGGAAAGAAUCCGGCCUACCGCUCUCCAUGUUUCUGGAUGAUAAUUUAGCGACUUCGGAACCUGAAAUCUGUGACCUCUUCGCUGACAAAUUCCGUAGUGUAUUUGACUCAAACUCAAUAUCCUCGGACCAAGUUACCAGCGCGGCUUGUAACGUCCCUCAUUUGAACACAUGGCUGAAUCAAAUUGUUGUAGACGACGAUAUUAUUUUGAAAGCGACCGCUAAGCUGAAACACAGCCUUUCCGCAGGACCAGAUGGCAUACCAGCUACCUUCUUGAAGCGAUAUAUAUCACAUAUGCUGAUACCUCUAAAAAUAAUCUUCCAAGUUUCACUCGAUCAGUCUACGUUCCCAUCCUUAUGGAAAGAGGCCUAUAUGUUUCCGGUGCACAAAAAAGGGGACAGACGAAAUGUGAACAACUAUCGUGGCAUUUCUGCCUUAUGUGCGAUAGCCAAAUUGUUCGAGCUGGUUGUUUUGGAACCCAUUUUUUCGUAUUGCAAGCCUUAUUUCUCAAAUGAACAACAUGGAUUUAUGCCCAAGCGCUCUACGACUACAAACCUGUUGACAUUCACGUCUAAUGUGCAAGACAGUUUUGCCAUGGGAUCUCAAACCGACGUCAUCUACACUGAUCUGUCAGCUGCUUUCGACAAGGUGAACCAUUCCAUAGCCAUCGCCAAACUCGAUCGUAUUGGUAUCUGCGGGUCUCUACUGGAAUGGUUCCGCAGCUACCUGGUAGGACGAAAACUCAUUGUUCGAAUAGCGUAUGCUGAUGACCUGAAACUGUAUCGCCGCAUCAACGGUCCCGAGGAUGUAAACUUCCUACAGAGUCAGUUCAACCUCUUCGCCUCUUGGUGUGAUGUAAAUUGCCUUCCCUCGAAUCGCAGCAAAUGUGCACAAAAAGAAACAACAACUCCGGACUGUCGUGUGGCAGGGCAGUCUGACACUUCCAACUGUCAAAAUCAGCUGUCUGUCGAAGAGUCUGGAUUACGGGGAAAUGGUGACGAAAAACAGAAAGUGCCACACACCAUAAAAGUUAUGGCUGCGCAGUUGCAAACGGCGCAGUUCCACUUUUCUACUAAAUAG